AUGGCAGGAAAAGGAGAGGGACCAGCUAUUGGAAUUGAUCUCGGCACAACAUAUUCGUGUGUUGGGGUGUGGCAGCAUGACCGUGUGGAAAUCAUCGCAAAUGACCAAGGAAACAGAACGACGCCGUCUUAUGUGGGUUUCACCGACACCGAGAGACUGAUAGGCGAUGCUGCUAAGAACCAGGUUGCCAUGAACCCGAUAAACACUGUUUUCGAUGCUAAGAGGUUGAUCGGUAGGAGAUUCAGUGAUGCCUCUGUACAGAGUGACAUGAAAUUGUGGCCCUUCAAGCUCAUCGCUGGGCCUGGAGACAAACCCAUGAUUGUAGUUAACUACAAGGGUGAAGAUAAGCAAUUUGCCGCUGAGGAGAUCUCUUCCAUGGUUCUAAUUAAAAUGAGAGAAAUUGCUGAGGCAUACCUGGGUACUACCAUUAAGAAUGCUGUUGUUACUGUCCCAGCCUACUUCAAUGACUCCCAACGUCAAGCAACCAAGGAUUCUGGUGUAAUUGCUGGUCUCAAUGUGAUGCGUAUCAUCAAUGAGCCGACAGCUGCUGCUAUUGCUUAUGGUCUUGACAAGAAGGCAACAAGCGUUGGUGAAAAGAAUGUGUUGAUUUUUGAUCUUGGUGGUGGUACUUUUGAUGUCUCUCUUCUAACCAUUGAGGAGGGUAUCUUUGAGGUGAAGGCCACCGCUGGUGACACUCACCUUGGAGGAGAAGAUUUUGACAAUAGGAUGGUGAAUCACUUUGUUCAGGAAUUCAAGAGAAAAAACAAGAAAGACAUCACUGGCAACCCCAGAGCUCUUAGGAGGUUGAGGACUGCUUGUGAGAGAGCAAAGAGAACUCUCUCGUCCACUGCCCAGACCACCAUUGAGAUAGACUCACUCUACGAGGGUAUUGAUUUCUAUUCCACCAUCACUCGUGCCAGAUUUGAGGAACUUAACAUGGACUUGUUCCGGAAGUGCAUGGAACCAGUAGAGAAGUGUUUGCGGGAUGCCAAGAUGGACAAGAGCAACGUCCAUGAUGUUGUACUUGUUGGUGGAUCGACCAGGAUUCCCAAGGUUCAGCAAUUGUUGCAGGACUUCUUCAAUGGGAAGGAACUAUGCAAGAGUAUCAACCCUGAUGAGGCUGUUGCUUAUGGUGCUGCUGUCCAGGCUGCCAUUUUGAGUGGUGAGGGUAAUGAGAAGGUGCAGGACCUUUUGCUUUUGGAUGUCACUCCUCUCUCCCUUGGUCUAGAAACUGCCGGUGGUGUUAUGACUGUGUUGAUUCCCAGGAACACCACCAUUCCAACCAAGAAGGAGCAGGUUUUCUCUACCUACUCGGACAACCAGCCCGGUGUCCUGAUUCAGGUCUAUGAAGGAGAGAGAACAAGGACCAGGGACAACAACCUUCUAGGUAAAUUUGAGCUUUCUGGCAUUCCUCCUGCUCCUAGGGGAGUUCCUCAGAUUACUGUGUGCUUUGACAUCGAUGCCAAUGGUAUCUUGAAUGUUUCUGCCGAGGAUAAGACCACAGGACAGAAGAAUAAGAUCACUAUUACCAAUGAUAAGGGUAGACUUUCCAAGGAGGAGAUUGAGAAGAUGGUUCAGGAAGCUGAGAAGUACAAGUCCGAGGACGAGGAACACAAGAAGAAAGCAGAGGCAAAGAAUGCCUUGGAGAACUAUGCAUACAACAUGAGGAACACUGUUAAGGAUGAGAAGAUUGCCUCCAAGCUUUCUGCGGAUGACAAAAAGAAGAUUGAGGAUGCUAUUGAGCAGGCCAUCCAAUGGCUUGAAAGCAACCAGCUUGCAGAGUCGGACGAGUUUGAGGACAAGAUGAAGGAACUGGAGAGCAUCUGCAAUCCCAUCAUUGCUAAGAUGUACCAGGGUGCAGGUGGCGAUAUGGGUGGUGCCAUGGACGAUGAUGGUCCUGCUCCUAGUGGUGGUGGCGGAGCUGGUCCCAAGAUCGAGGAGGUCGAUUAA